AUGCCUAACAACAUUGUCGUUAUAGGAGCUGGGGUCUCAGGCCUGACAACUGCCUACAUGCUGUCUCAGGAUCCCGAAAAUCGAAUCACAGUGCUUGCGAAGCACAUGCCAGGCGACUAUGACAUUGAAUAUGCCUCCCCAUGGGCAGGAGCCAACUACAUGCCGGUUGGCAAGCAGGGCAGUAACCACCACGCAUGGGAACGAGACACUUGGCCCGCACUGAAGGAGAUCACCGAGAAAUACCCCGAGGCGGGCAUUCACUUCCUCGAUGCUCUUAUCUACAACCGAAAGAAAGACCAGGAAACGGCGACUGGCAAGUGGUUCUCGGAAUUGGUGCAGCCGAAUCCCUGGUACAAGGACGUGGUACCCGACUUCAAAACCCUCCCGGAGAGCGAACUGACUCCUGAAAUCGAUAACGGCCAAAUCUUCACCUCUGUCUGCAUCAACACUGCCGUUUACCUCCCAUGGCUGGUCGGCCAAUGCACCAAAAACGGCGCAGUCUUUAAGCGAGCCGUUUUCAAGCACAUCGCCGACGCCGCAGAUGCACACCACUCCGGUGAAAAGGCCGAUGUCAUCGUGAACUGUACGGGCCUUUCGUCCAAGUUCCUGGGUGGAGUUCUUGAUGAGAACCUUCUCCCCGCCCGAGGCCAGAUUGUCGUCGUUCGCAACGACCCGGGUCCCAUGAUUGGUCUUUCUGGGACGGACGACGGAGAGGACGAGGCAUUGUAUAUGAUGACACGUGCUGCAGGUGGUGGCACGAUCCUCGGUGGCUCGUACCAAAAGAACAACUGGGACCCUCUACCGGACCCGAACCUUGCUAAUCGGAUCAUGAAACGCGCGAUCGCGAUCGCGCCCCAGCUCGUCAAGGAGGGCGAAGGGAUCGAGGGUCUGGAUAUUAUUCGGCACGGCGUUGGCCUACGACCUCUGCGGGAGGGUGGCCCCCGGGUUGAGAAGGAUGAGGUUGCCGGAGUCAAGAUCGUGCACAACUACGGUCAUGGCGGGUUUGGAUAUCAGGCCUCGUUUGGAUGUGCUGAAACUGCGGUUUCUUUGGUUAAGGAGGUGUUGCGGAACAAGACUCGGGCUAAGCUCUGA